AUGGACUACAGAAAGCUGAACAAGUGGACCUUGAAGGAUCACUUCCCAAUGCUAUUCAUGGACCAGAUGCUUGACAGGUUGGCUGGAAAAGGGUGGUAUUAUUUCUUAGAUAGAUACUCUGGCUACAACCAGAUAUCAAUUGCUCCUGAAGAUCAGGAAAAUACCAGUUUUACAUGUCCUUAUGGAAACUUUGCAUUUAAACGUAUGCCAUUUGGACUAUGUAAUGCACCAGCAACUUUCCAAAGGUGUAUGAUGUCCAUCUUCUUGGACAUAGUGGAAGACACUCUAGAGGAGAAACUGAUUUCUGCACCAGUGAUUAUUGGCCCAUAUUGGGAUAAACCAUUUGAGGUAAUGUGCGAUGCUAGUGGUACUGCCUUAGGAGUUAUGUUGGGGUACAAGUGCAACAAGAUGUUCCAUCCGAUCUACUAUGCUAGCAAGUCACUAAAUGGAGCACAACGAUACUACAUAGUCACUGAACAUGAACUACUGGCAGUGGUUUAUGCCUUUGAGAAAUUCAGGGCCUAUUUGCUGGGUACUAGAGAGUUUGAUUUUGAGGUUAAGGAUAUGAGAGGUUGUAAAAACCAGGUGGCUGAUCACCUGUCUAGGUUUGAUGCUGAAAAGAAAGAGGAACUUGAGCUACAAAUCAAUGAUUCAUUCCCGGAUGAGCAAGUAUUAGCUGCAACUCUUGAUCUUAUUCCUUGGGUGUGUGCUGAUAAUAUCAUCAGGGGAUGCAUCGCUGGGGCUAAGAUUCUACAUAUUUUAGAGGCCUGCGAUUCCUCUCCAGUGGGUGGCCAUCAUGGAGGCGCUCAGACAACCCAGAAGCGGCAAAGAGCCAUCUUUCGAUGCUAUGAGCUACCAAUGACACCUAUACUGGAGGUGGAACUAUUUGAUGUGUGGGGAGUUGAUUUCAUGGGCCCAUUUGUGAGCUCCUAUGGGAAAACGUAUAUAUUUGUGGCAGUGGAGUAUGUGUCCAAAUGGGUUGAGGAAGCUGUUCUGCCUAAGAAUGAUGGCAAUAGUGUUGAUGGGUUGCUGAAGAAGAAUAUCUUCUCAAGGUUUGGCACACCCAAAGCUAUUAUUAGUGAUGGGGGUUCCCAUUUUUGCAAUAAGGUAUUCAGUGCUCUUCUGGCUAAAUAUGGGGUAAAACAACAGAAGGUGGCAACAUCUUAUCACUCGCAGACUAGUGGCCAAGUGGAGUUAUCAAAUAGGGAAAUAAAGGCUAUUCUUGCAAAAAACAAUGAAUGCCAAUAG